UACGAAAUGUCUGGGACCGGACAGGAGAACGGCGAUGGCCUCUCAAGGCCAUCCAGUAAUGUCUCUGAGGUCAAGCCAAAUGUCUUGAAGACCAUCUGGCGCAACAACAAAGGCGUGUUUCUGAUUCUGCUUGCUCAAGCGACGGGAUCGACUAUGGAUGCCAUUGUCCGCUUUUUGCAGCAAGGAGGACAUGGUAUGCAUCCUUUCCAAGUCAUNUUUGCGAGAAUGAGUAUCACGGCACUACUUAGUACCAUAUAUAUGUGGUACACAAGAGUACCUGAUUUCCCGCUGGGAGCGCCUGCGAUCAGGGGAUGGUUGAUUUUGCGAGCGCUGGCAGGCUUCUUUGGAUUGUUCUGUCUAUACNNUGUAAAUUCGGUACAUUAUCUUCCACUGGCCGAGGCGACGGUCUUCCGAUUCUUGGUUCCUAUCAUUACGGCAUGGGCAUGUUCCGUAUUUCUCGGACAAAGCUUCAGUAGGACUGAAUUCUUGGCUGGAGUCAUCGCUUUGCUGGGUGUAGUCAUCAUCGCUCACCCAGCUGCCAUCUUCGGCAGAGUAGAGGAUGACAUUGAACUCCCACACCAACCAAGCAAAAUCGACCAAGUAUCUGCUGGCCAACGUCUCCUCGCCAUCUUUGUCUCUGUCAUCGGUGUGCUGGGUGCCUCUGCCGCAUACACUCUGAUCCGUGUGAUUGGCUCUCGCGCCCAUGCCCUCAUCUCGGUAAACUACUUUGCUCUGAUCAGCACUUUUGGGUCUGCAGGUGCUUUACUCGUGCUGCCUGGUAUGAGCUUUACAAUGCCUCACGGCGCACGUGAAUGGCUUCUUCUAUCCCUCCUCGGUGUCCUCGGCUUCGUGCUCCAAUUCCUGCUUACCGCUGGCUUGCAGCUGGACAGAACCUCAAAGGCCACCAGUAUGCUGUACACAGGCAUUCUAUUUGCGCUUGCUUUCGAUGCGGCCAUUUGGGGUGUCUUUCCUGGCUUUUGGUCGUGCAUUGGAGGUGCUGUUGUUAUUGCUAGUACGCUUUGGUCUGCGUUGCAGAAGUCGAAGGGAGUAGGGAAGGCAAUGGUGGCUAAGGAGGAAGUUAUUGAUGAGGAGAGUGCGCUUCUUGGGGCGCAGACUGAGGGGAGCGAGGAUGCUGUGAGGGCAGGUGCGACGAGUAACUCUGUGUAA